GCCCGCUGAAUGGACACUCUAUGGUCCCAUCAACGCGCCGUUCCUCUUGCUCAACAUACGUUGGAUCUCUCUAGGGAGAGCGAUUCAAUGGCAGGGAGGCUCGGAGACUCGUUGCGUAGACGUGAUAGCAUGGUAUCAGGCUAAUAUGUUCGAUCAUGCAGGCAGGGAGGCAGACGGACAUGCAUCUUGUCGUGAUAUUAAAUGCAGAAGUUGUAGGCCCCAGCUCAAAAUUCGCCCGGUGCGUCCUUGAGUUCUUCACAGUUAAAUGAUCGACUUUGGAUAUCAUCAUUCCCAUCCCAUCUCAUCCCAUCCUCAUCCCAUUGAGCUGAUUUAAUGCCAUUGCCCCCAGCAGCAGCAACUGCAUUCAUUUCACGAGCCUCCUCUCUCUCUCUCUCUCUCUCUCUCUCUCUCUCUCUCUCAACAAAGGAAGAGUUCUCAAGCAGUUGCCAUAUCUUCUCACUCCCACGUUUUUCCAUUGUAAAUUGUUUCCACCCAGAAAGAACGAACUUUGACUCGAAAAGUUCUUUGAACACUGGACUGGACUGGACUGGCAAAGCAAAAACCAUUCCUAUUUGCUUCAUCUUCUCUGUUCUCCUUCUCCUGGGGGAACUCAGAGAGAGAGAGAAUUUAUUGAAGUCCGGAGGGACUUGUCUCCUCUUUACAUUCACAGAGCAUCAGCUUCACCUCACCACUCCCACUGAGGGCCUCCCUCAAAAAGCGUGUUUGUGUUUGGUGGAGCUUUUACUCUCUAGGGAAGGAAAAGGAAGGGAAGACCAUGGGGAGGGCUCCAUGCUGUGACAGGAGGAAUUUGAAGAAAGGCCCGUGGACCCCUGACGAAGAUGAGAUCCUCAUCAACUUCAUCGCCAAGAAUGGCCAUGGAAACUGGCGUUAUCUUCCAAAGCUCGCUGGUCUUCGUAGGUGCGGAAAGAGUUGCAGGCUUAGGUGGGCAAACUAUCUAAGACCAGACAUAAAACGUGGGCCCUUUACACCCGAUGAGGAGCAGCUCGUCAUACAGCUACAUGGCAUGCUAGGAAACAGGUGGGCGGCCAUUGCAGCACAGUUGCCUGGAAGAACAGAUAACGAGAUCAAGAACUUGUGGAACAGCUGCCUGAAGAAGCGGCUCCUCUGCAUGGGCAUCGGCCCUUCGACCCACAAGCCCUUAUUUUUCCAAGGGACUAAGAUAAGAGCAUCAUCAGCCUCUGUUACAACUGGCCAUGUGGCCCAGUGUGAGAGUGCCAGGCUUGAGGCCGGGGCCAGGCUCUCAAAGGACUCCUCAUUUGUUUCUAGCCUGCAGAUUCCGCAGAGGAUGGAACCUGACUAUUUCUUGCUCAUGUGGAACUCAGAAGUGGGUGAGUCCUUUCGGAAGCUACCCCGAGGAGCAGGCAAUGAGACUGUGACUGAUAGCACCAUUUCUCAGGCAUCUUCAUCUGUGAAAAUUGAAUCGAAUUCUCCGGCUACAGGGACUGGACCAGCAACAUCAGCAUGGGCUCCAAGAUGGAGCGAUGGACCCAAAUUUGAGACCGACUACUCCAGCUCUAGUGAGUUUGAAAGUUCUUCAGACACCGCAUUGCAGAUGCUGUUGGAGUUCCCUAUCAACAAUGACAUGAGCUUUCUAGAGGGAACCAUAAUGGAUAUAGCGCCACUUCUGCCAAGUUGAGAGCAUAGGAUUCUUUACUUUAUCCGAAACUUGAAUUUUGAGCUGGUUCUCCGGCAAAUCGGGUUUUUUUGAAAGAGGAAAA